CGCCUAUUACCUUCAGUCGUCACCGAGACUACAUAGGCAUUGCCAUUGACCAGGUUCUAUAUCUUUCCUAAGUGCACUGCACUGUUCUUAGGGCGUUACGAGUCUGACAAACCGCAAUACUUGCCCCACCCCCUUCGUAUGCUGAAUCCUCUAUUUCGAGACCAAUCAGGAUUAGCCACCUGCGUCACACGCAAGUCCAAUCAUUUUUGAACGCGACCCGCUCAAUUACGUGCCGUCUACCGACGUCUCUGUUACUAUUACCGGAGGCUGAUUGCAGCCUCCCAUGUCAGGCCCAACUUCCAGCCCCGAUUGGAACAAAAACGGUAGUCCCGUAUACGGCACUUUUCCACGAGCAUCAAUCCACCCCGACGCUCCAACCAGCAACGAUGACAGCAACGAGAGUACUGUCGUUCUGUCCAGCAAUGGAGACGAGGAGCUCUCACCAACAUCUAGACCAUCUCCAAAACGCCAACCGUCACGGCACAUCGAAUUCAGAAAGUACCUGAAGCGACCUUACCAGGAGACGCAGCGCACACUGAGCGAUGCGCUAAGAUUCGCAAAGAGCAGACAAGAGCAGGAGACUUUGUUGCCUGAAGAAGACUAUGCUGGGAGUGAUGGAUGUUUCAAUGGUCAAGGCCAACCAACAGCUGCACCAACGCCCGGUGCAAGUUCCGUCAAGAGCCAUCAGACGUACUUUAAUAUUCAUCGAAUACGAAGACUCAUUCUGGCAGUAAUUGAGGACCCUUACACGGUGGACCAACUCCGAGAACCACGUAUGAAUGUCCUCAUUGUCAAACCACUUGUUGAUCGACUUUACAACGAGGACGACAUAUCCAUUGUCUACUGUUUGCUCGUGAAUCGCAUGCAAUUCUUGCGAGAGCAACAAUUUCAGCAGCAUCACCAGACCGUCGAUCUUACACGUGCCAACCUAUGCGAAUUGGUCGCGAUGAAAAUAUUGCGGCGACACGACGAAGAGUCUACGGGAAAAGCCGGUCUAUUGCUGCUGGCGCAGAUCUUAGUGGCGCCAUUCCAACCCUUUCAAGGAGCCCCCGAGGAGCGGUGCCCACCACGACAUACCUCUGAUUACCAAGGCCAGGGCGAUAACGAUGGCAAGCUCACUGCUUUGGAAGUCGCCAUUGUUUCUGAAAGCAAAGUGCUACUCUCAGGUUCUGCGAGCCAGAAAGUCAUUGACGCAAUCUAUCGAGGGCGCAUCGUGUAUACACCAACUACAUUUAUGGACAUUAUUCCAGACCACUACAAGUACAAGCCCAUCUCACUUUACGACCCAAGAAAAGCACCUGUACUGAACCAGUAUCGGCUCAUGGUACCAAGGACGCGCAACAUGAUCGAAGUCGUUCAGUUCCUCAUACUAUUGGCCUUGUACUGCUGGUGCAUGUCGGCAAGGAAAGAUCAUUUCCUUACCUGGCCUGAGUUGAUCUUUAUGGUCUAUGCCGCUGGCUGGGUGCUGGAUGAGCUGACAUCAUGUCUCGAACAUGGAUGGGAAGUUCAUACCCAGGAACUGUGGGCUUUUCUAGAUGUUACGUUCUCCGCCAUAUUCAUUGUCUACAUCGGGAUGCGGUUCCACGGCUGGAUGACAGGGCAAGACGAGAUUGGGCGACAAGCCCUCGAUGUCCUUGCCGUAGCCUCGCCUAUCCUUUUCCCACGAAUCGCGUUCAAUCUGAUGCCGGAUAACAUGCUUUUUAUCGCCCUCCGAGCCAUGGUCAAAGAAUUUACGGCACUGAGUCUAAUCGCAGUGUGGUGUUUUGGUGGUUUCCUUUUGGCGCUCAAAUGGCUGAGCAUCAGCAACCCCGAAGUCGGUUAUGAAGAAUCACCAAAUUCAAUUACCAUUUCCAAGUGGAUGUUAUGGAUCUGGUUUGGUCUCGACGGUACGGGAAUCGACGAAGCGCCUGGCUUUCAUGAGAUCCUCGGCCCUACACUCAUGGUCAUCUACGCAUUUCUUGGUAACACCCUAUUCCUGACCGUCUUGGUGUCAAUCUUGUCAAACACCUUCUCCAAGAUCGCAGCCGAUGCGACGGCAGAGAUUCAGUUUCGCCGCGCUGUCUUGACCUUUGAAGGUGUCAAGUCGGACUCCCUUUUUGCUUAUCGCCCGCCCUUUAACCUUCUCGCCUUUGUAAUACUUCUUCCGUUGAAGUUCAUCCUCUCACCACGCUGGUUCCAUAAGAUUAACAUAACAGCAAUCCGAACCUUGAACUUCCCUAUUCUUCUUUUUAUCACAUACUAUGAGCGCCGGUCGCUCUGGAAACCCAUCCGCCAACUCAACGUCAAUGGUCCCGGACCCUCGAAACGCACCACAUUUGGAUUCUGGCAGAGCUGGAAACAAUUCAGCCCCCACGCUGAUUUGCAGGCCGUGUUUGAAGAGGAGCCCCCACAAGACGUAGUGACGCAGAUUGAAGAGGAGGAUGAUCUCGAAGAUGCUAUUCUCGAGAAUAGUUUUGCACCGACAAAUGCGGUCGGCACAAGGAGCGUCAGUCCCGGUAGUGCAAUGGCGGGAAGAAGGAGAAGGUUGAGUAGUGUAUGGCCUGGACCUAACGCAUAGGGAAAAGUUUCGUGUUAAGAAGUAUGAACAUGUAUGAGCUUAUGAGAGUGGGGCAAGAUUGUGAUUCGAGUGCUAUUCAGGAGUUUUGGCGUGUUUUAAUCAUGUACUCUAAAGUUACGAGGUCAGCGUUCUUUUAUUGAGUCAACCUCGAGCUGGACUUGGUUUUCACAAAAGCGUUCCUCUUUCGCUCUUGCUUUCUCGUACCUGAUAGCUUUCGUUGUUACCCGAUCUAGUAGAGAGUGGACAUCCCCGCACUAACGCAGACAAGAGGUCUCACCACCAUCCAAGACUCAUCAAAUUAUCACCAUCACCCCGCGC